AUGCAAUACCCUCUUUUUAUAUUGGCUUUAGUUACGGCGCUUCCAGCCCUGGCCCUCGCUGGCGAUAUCAAGUUUUUCCCAGAAAAAGACUGCGGCGGAACCCCUUCACAUGAAUACGAUGUCGUCUCCUGUGGGACUUGUAUCACUCCUCCCGAUGAAUCGAGUGCGGCCCUAGUGAACAACGUCAGUAACCGACACCUUGUAACUGUCUACAACUCGGACAAUUGUGAAGGAAAUUCCGUUGUCCUGGAGAACCACGGCAGCCUCUGUGGAAUUCAAGGCGCGAACAAGAUCCGCUCAGUGUUGAUCCACUGCAUCGAGGAUUCUGUUCCGGCUCGUCACCGAAAGAAAUCAGUCCGUUUCUAA